AUGCACUUCGCUCCUUCGCACCUGCAGGAACUGCAUCAACUUUUCGAAUUUUUCCAGAUACUACCAAUGAUCGGUGCCAUACGAUCCACGGGUAUCAGGCGUCUAGGAACGAAGCAAACGUUUCUGUUCGUCCCAAAUGACGAAAGGUUCAAAUUUGAGAGCGAAAAAUUGACUCCUGAAGAAAACAGAGCCGCUAUACCUCGAAGACCAAACUUCGAUCAUCUUCCAAAAUAUCAUCAUGAGAUUCCCAGUCCUGAAAAUGUUGCUGAUUUUCUCUCCAGACCACAAUUUAAUGACCUCUUUACGACAACACUUGCAAAAGAUGCUCCUUUCACAGGAAAUAGUAACCACAAGAUGGUGACUAUGAACGGAGAAGAUACAGUGAUCAACUUGUAUUACACAAUUACUGCAACUAAAUGGUUCGAAGUAUUCAAUAACGAGAUCCUAGAGUUGAGAGAAAUAGAUGAUGAAGUCGAAAGCUUGUCAUUUUUCAACAAGGAUACUCACUCCAAGACUGAAGCUCUUAUUAGCUCUGCAAGAAAGGAACUAAAAUCUGACUUAUUUACAACUCAAGGACUCGGUGAAUUAUUCGAAACUCUUCUCAAAGGCUCGAAUAUGUUUCGUUAUGGUUCACAAAGCAUGUCGUUUGGCUCCUUGGCCAACUACUUUCUUCACUCCGACGAAUGCGUUGAAAGUAGCCAUAAUCUAGUGCAGUUGUUGACCUAUAUAGAUCAACACAUCUACGAGAUGACUGCUGCGAGUACUAAAAACUUUGUUACCAAGCUUGUGGAUGUCGUUUAUCACACCCAUGUAUCAGAUAUCAGGGCCAAACUCGAAGGUUUGCUCAAUUUUUCCAACAACCCAACGAUAAAAACGGUACUUGAAGAAGUGGACUCUGCGACCUUGGAUAGACUUGCAUACUUGCACACAAUGUCCUCGAGCUUCGACGAAGCCAGAGCUAUGCUUCACAUACUAGUUCAGGAGCGAAAAGUUGCACCGAGCGCUGAGACCUUUGACUUUUUCCUUUCUUCUUAUCUCAAGCAUGUCAGCCCUAUAGCGCUGAGCCCUCAAUUGCAUACUAAAGUGUUGCGGGAGUUAAAACCACUUAAGCCAGCAUUGUUUCACCGGGGAAUCACACCAGCUUAUGCCAAACGAAUUUUGGAUGAGAUAGUGACUAGCGAGUUUGACUUGCAACAGUUCAUUAACCUAGUUUUGAACAGAUCCACAGAUGAUAUUUUGAGCAAAUUGUGCAAGGAUAUAGUCUUAAAAGCUAUACAAUUAGGUAAAGACCAACCAUUGGCAGUACGCUCGUUGAAGAUAUCAAAUCUUGUUGAACGUUUGAAAGCCUCAGGCAAUCUUGACAAAGAGACUAUAGACGAGCUCUCUACUGUAGCGACAAAAAUAUAA